AUGUCACGCCCGGCAAAGUAUCGCCAGAUUCAAACCAGAUCUGCCGAAAGUGAUGGUGACAACGAGGAGCAAGAUUUCAAUUCCGACCAUGAUGCAACAUUGUCAGAUGGAGGACCCAACAGAAACCCAAGAGGACCAACGCCAGACACAGAGCCAGAAGACACUGCACCAGAAGACACAGAGGCAGAAGCCGAAGAGUCAGCAGAAGAAGAGGAAAGAGAGGUCCCACUCAGUGCAUGGGUCCAUCUCACUCAUGAACAUUGCUGGGCCGUAUGCAAAGGACCGACCUCCAAUAGUAAGAAGGACCGGAUUAUCUGUGGGAAACUCAAGACCAAGUGCCGUCUGCACCGCGUCUUGAGAGAAGAAGGACACCGGGCCAAACCUAUGUGGCAUGAGGGAAUUGUCUCCACCAAGGACAAGAACACCAACACUGGGGAUUACAUCAUCCACGGUCAACAGGAUGGUUUCAGCCGAUCUGAAGAGAGAAUGGACGAGAGCCUCAACCGGGCAACAGGAUUAGACAACGAGGAGUCUCCUUCUGAAGAUGAAGAGGGACCCGAGGACACUGACCGCGAAGAAACAGACUUUGAAGCAACAGAUUUUGAAGCCAGUGAGGGAGAGAUAGAAGGCCACCUCAACGAGGAUCCCAAGGCCGAUGCUCUCCAAGAGCUGAACGAUAAGAUCGCUCUGAUGGAAAGAGAGACCCAACUGUUGAGGCUGAAGGCGGAACGUGCUAAACUAGAAGCUGAGUCGCCCAAGAAGAAACCGGCCCGCAAAGGGAAGCAGGCCACUCCCAGCAAGAAGAAGGCUCAAGCAACAGCCCGCAAACAAACCCCAAUCGCCAGAAAGAAGAAGUUGAGGAAGAACAAGCCUCCUCCUAAACAAGUGUCUAUCAAAGAGGGCAACAACACUUCCAAAUCCCCUUCCAAGCCAACUGCCGCCACCGCGAGAAAAUUGGACCCAGAACUGUCAGCCAUCACCACUACCGUACCAUCUGUCCUCGACACGGUGCUACUGAAGAUCCAACCAUUCUUCAUCAAGCUCCAGGAAUCCACAGAGAAGAUGGAUCGCAUGAUGGAGCAGCAGGCCCUACAAGAGAACCAAACCCCUUCAACUACUGGAACUCCUAAUAUGAUUCCCAUGGGAUCUACCAACCUACCUACCGCCAACGGCCACUACAAUGCCAUGACAAUCGAGGGAAACGGACCAGCUCCUCCCACUCUACCUACCCAAACACCACCAGCAGUAAUUACACCGACCAGACCUACUACCUACCAAGGGCCCAUUCCUACCUACCAACAAGAUGGAUCCAAGGGUGACAGUGACAAGAUCCAUGAGAUCGAAAUCACCAGUGUUGAGAUUGAUAAGGCAAUGAUGCCGGAGGCCAUGACCAAAAAUAAGGAGAUCAACGGUACCUAUGAUAGAGCGGAUGAUAUUGCGGCGUUACCAGGUAAGACUUCACCCGGUGGAGGAGACAGUGAAAGUGGUAGCGGAGUUAGCGAAGAUGUGCUGACUCGACUCGCGGAGACUUUGGGCUCCGACAACUCCAAGAUUACAAUGCUUGAUUCGAGAUAUGGUAGACGCAACCGUCAUGGAUUGGGUCUGAUCACCUCCGAAGACACCCUCCUGGACGCCUACAAGCAGUGCUACAAGAAAGAGGACGUCAUCUUCAACAACUGCCCUGAUCGGCAAGAUCAUGUCCACUCCGCAAAUCUACUGGACAUUCGGACCAACUGCAACUCCAAGAAGAUGCUCCUACUUCAGAACUAUGCCUAUCUUUGCGAUGCCAAGAAGAAGGGCUUCGUCAACGACACCAUCACUGAGAAGAAUUUUGAACGCCAAGACCGAAGAAACCAACGACUACGCGAUGAGCUCGAAGCAGUCAAGGCUAUCAAAGGAGGCCCUAAAGAAGGCAGAGGCAACCCACACAAGGACCAAGACUCUUCACCGAAGAAAUGCUCCCACUGCAAAAACCGCGACCUACACAUUGCCGCUGGACUAGAGCACAUCAAGACUGUUUGUCCUCUGAAGGACAAAGCCGGAUCUUGGGCCAAGGCUGCAGCUGGAAAGGUAGCAGCCAAAUAUGCGAACAACAACAAGGGCGAGAAAACGCGUCCUAUGGAAGAAGUUAUCAAGGAGGUGUCCGAGAGUUGGGCAAAGUCCUAG